ACAGCUGCCAUGUGGCAUCGCAUGAUAGGUACUACCAAUCAUUUCUGCUGUACUGUACAGCUUUCAGCCGUUUUAUUGAUGCUUGAUAUCGAAUGCUUUUGUUGAAAAUAAGAUAAAUGGAUAAAAACACGGGGGCAGGUGGGGUGUAAUUCUCUUGAACGUAACUCGUGCUCAUGCACCUAUUGCCACUCAGGUGCGCAUAUUGCUAUAGUUGCAACUUCACAUCUUUUUAAAUGAAGGCAAAUUGCGCCUGGGAUUUUGGGCGCUACUGCAGCCACAUCUGCAGCGGCCCCUCUCUGCUGUACUUUCUACCUUGGAUAAAUCCACAGAUCAUAUUGUCCAUGAUUAUCAUAGCAGCACAAGGGCAUCUGCAAUCAUUUAACUCCAUGCUUGAACCAGUCCUUUUGGUGACUGUGUAUAUAGAGUAGCGAAUCCCUGGCUAGUGCUCUGCAGCUUCCCGCUCCGCUUCCCACGUGGAGUGGAUGGAGGAUGAAGGGAUGGGGGGGAGUUGUAGUGGAGACAGAGGAGGAGGGCUGCGGGCCCCUGCUACCACCACAGAGAGCAGGGAAUCACCUGUCAGCCUGGACCUCUCUCUAGAUGAAUGAGAAAGAUAUGCAGCACAUUGCAGUCAUCCCCCUCUUCCACUACAUCCCUCCAGCUACUGCACACAGUCACACAGUGUCUGUGCAAUGCCAAGAGUUCUCCUGGCUGCGCCUAUAUGAAUUGCAGUGUGACAGAGAGUAAUACUGCAACAUGCUGCAUGCUAGAGAAGGGAUUCCCAUCCAGUCAGACAGUGGAACACCAGCCAAGAGAGACCCCCUCCCUCAUUCAUUGCUCCUACACUGCAGUAAAAUGGAUUUUAAUCUCAGAGCUGCAUGCCUGUAACAGGGGUAUGCAGUGCAAUAACCUCCCUGGCCAUUGUGCAUCGUGUGCAGGGGACCGUACACCUGUGCCUGGGAGGGACGCAGCCCCUAUGCAGGGGACGUUAGAGGGCAAUGUAUCAAUCUGGCGGAAAUGUGUCUCUCCUCUAUCCUCUCAUCUGCAAACAUCAAAGGGAGCAGCUUUGUUACCGCAACAGCAAAUAAUCCCCAGUACAGGCAGUGAUCAGAGCUGGGAGGGGGGAGAGGGGCAGUCUUCGAGCCCCCCCAGAUCAAUAUUUGGCAGGCUUGCUGCAACUUGCUGCAGUCUGAGCAGGGGUAGUAGGGUGCCUGGGAAGUGAGUGAGGAGGGCAACCCCCAAAUAUCUGUCACAUGUGCUUCCUAAGGAGACCUGGAGCAUUAGUGAGCAGGAUCUGCUGGAGGAUGCUGCGGCAAGUGAUUCACAGAGGGCUGAAGUCAUUCUUCUACCAGCUGGGCUUGUUUGUCAGCAGGCACCCGGUCUUCUUCCUCACCCUGCCUGCAGUGCUCACCAUCAUCUUCGGCUUCCUCUUCCUCAGCCGCUACCAGGCUGAGAGGGACCUGGAAGCCCUGGUGGCCCCCAGCCACAGCCUGGCCAAGAUAGAGAGGAGCCUGGCCAGCAGCCUCUUCCCCCUGGAGCAGUCCAAGAAGCAGCUGUACUCAGACCUGCACACCCCGGGCAAGUAUGGCCGGGUGAUCCUGCUGUCCAAGCCCGGAGGGAAUCUCCUGCUGCAGGCUGAGCACAUCCUGCAUAUCCACAAGGCGGUGCUGGACAUGAGGGUGAACUACAGGGGUUACAACUACACCUUCUCCCACCUGUGUGUGCUGGGCAAUGAGGAGAAGAGGUGUCUGCUGGAUGAUAUAAUAGCAGUGCUGGAGGACAUCAGACAAGCAGCCCUGUCUAAUAACUCAGCAGCCAAGGUGCCUGUCAGCUACCCCAACACUAAACUAAAGAAUGGAAGACAGAGUUUUAUUGGACACCAGCUGGGCGGUGUUACCGAGGUGCCAAACAGCAAGGAUCAAAGGGUGAAGUCUGCAAGAGCCAUCCAAAUGACCUACUACCUCCAGAACUACGGCUCUGCAACCCAGGAUCACAUCAAUGAGCAGUGGGAAACUGAAUUUUGCACACUAAUUCACCAGCUGCAAGAUGAGCAUCCAGACAUCCAGAUGUACUCAUUAACAUCUUUCAGCUUGCUCAGAGACUUUCAGAAAACCAUAGAGUUGUCUAGAAGUAAGAUUGUGGUGAGUCUUAUGCUGGUCCUCCUGGCUGCCACUAUCUCCAGCUCUAUGAAAGACUGUCUUCGUAGCAAGCCCUUUCUGGGCCUACUGGGAGUACUCACAAUCUGUAUCUCCAGUGUCACAGCGGCAGGGAUCUUUUUCGUUACUGAUGGAAGAUAUAACUCAACUCUGCUGGGAAUACCAUUCUUUGCAAUGGGUCACGGGACAAAAGGAGUUUUUGAGCUUCUCUCUGGGUGGCGAAGAACCAGAGAGAGUCUUCCUUUUAAGGACAGAGUGGCUGACGCUUACUCUGAUGUGAUGGUCUCAUACACCAUGACAAGCUCUCUUUACAUCAUCACUUUCGGAAUGGGUGCCAGCCCUUUUACAAACAUUGAGGCUGUCAAGAUAUUUUGCCAGAACAUGUGCAUCACAAUCAUCCUUAACUAUUUCUAUGUCUUCUCCUUUUAUGGCUCAUGCCUGGUCUUUGCCGGCCAGCUUGAACAAAACCGCUACCACAGUAUCUUUUGUUGUAAAAUUCCUUCUGAAGAAUAUUUAGAUAGACAACCAAUAUGGUUUCAAACCAUGAUGAGUGAUGGACACCAGCAUUCCACGCACCAUGAGCCAGACCCCUAUGAGAACCACUUCAUACAGCAUUUCCUAAAAGAACAUUACAAUGAAUGGAUCACGAAUACGUACGUAAAGCCCUUUGUGGUCAUACUAUACCUCAUCUAUGCAUCUUUCUCAUUCAUGGGCUGCCUCCAAAUUAGUGGUGGGUCAAAUAUUAUAAAUCUUUUAGCAAGUGACUCCCCCAGUGUUUCUUAUGCUUUUAUACAGCAAAAAUAUUUCAGCAACUACAGUCCUGUGAUCGGAUUCUAUAUUUACGAACCGCUUGAAUACUGGAACUUGACGGUUCAAGAAGACUUGAAGACCAUAAGUUAUGGUUUCAACACAGAGUCUUGGACUGAGCAGUUCUACCAAUUUCUGAAAGUUGGCAAUAUUUCUGCCUCGAACAAAAGUGAUUUUAUCAAUGUCCUUCAGAAUGUCUUUCUGAAGAAAGCAGAAUUUCAUCACUUCAAAAAUGACAUCAUUAUUUCCAGGUCAGGAGAUGAACUGAACAUUAUAGCUUCCCGGAUGUAUCUGGUGGCAAGGACUAGCGAGAACACCCAAAGGGAAGUAGUUGAGCUGCUUGAAAAGCUAAGGCCGCUCUCUUUAAUACAGAGCAUCAAGUUUAUCGUCUUCAAUCCCACCUUCGUGUUUAUGGACCACUAUGGCUUGGCCGUGACUAUGCCGAUCCUGAUCUCUGGUUUCAGUGUGUUGCUGGUGUUAAUUUUAACCUUGUUCUUGGUCAUUCACCCUUUAGGGAACUUCUGGCUAAUAAUAACCGUAACUUCUAUUGAGUUAGGCGUAUUGGGUUUAAUGACAUUAUGGAAUGUUGACAUGGAUUGCGUAUCCAUCCUGUGCCUUAUGUACUCUUUGAAUUUUGCCAUAGAUCACUGUUCCCCUCUGCUUUAUACAUUUGUCUUAGCCACUGAACACACAAGAACUCUAUGCAUACAAGACUCACUUAAGGAGCAUGGCACAGCUAUUAUCCAGAAUGUGGUUACGUUUCUCGUUGGGCUGGUACCCCUUCUGUUUGUGCCUUCAAACUUGACCUCCACACUGUUAAAAUGCUUGCUGCUGACUGGUGGUUGCACGCUAUUGCACUGUUUUGUCAUUUUGCCUGUUUUCUUAACUUUCUUCCCUCCUUCGAAAAAGCGGCACAAGAAGAAGAGGAGAGCCAGACGGAAGGAGAGAGAGGAGAUUGAAUGCAUCGAAAUUCAGGAAAAUGCAGACCAUGUGACUUCUGUCUGAGAGACUGAUAAUAAUUGUCAAAAGUUGGACAUUCACAGGGAUAGAAGGGAGAAUCAGCCGCUUGGGCUGGCCAAAGUUGCAAGUCAUAUUAAGGGGGAGUAUUUUUAUUUUUGUCUUUGAAACAUUGAGGUGCAAGAUUUUUAUACCUUUUAUAAAAUAUAUACAGUUCAAUUUUCUAUUACCUCAUUUUCAUAAUGACUCUGUUUGGUGGAAAUUUGGGCGUAGCCAGUAACUUCCCUCGUUUGCAGUUGUUUUGGUCUUUUUUAACAUGAAGCAAAAGAUCUUUUUUCAUUAAAUGCCAUCUUCACGGACCAUCCAUUAGCUAACAAAUUUUUCGAUGUUAGACUCUAUUUUCUCAACUACUGUUUAUUUUUAAAUGUCCCUUCUGUUGGGUCAUGUUUCAAUGUGUUUCAUGACCCAUGUAGCACCAUGAUCACUGGAACAUAUCCAGAGAACUGCUACCAAAGUCCAGCAUCAGGCUGUUUCGUUUAAUGCUUGCAGUUAUUUCAUACACAUCAGUUAAGCUUUAUACUGCCCACAACAUGACAUCAGUGUGCUAUUAUGUCUCUUUUUAAAUUGAAAGGUUAACUUAUUUUUUUUUUUUUAUGAAUGAAAUAACUUAAAUUUGAGUGUGGAUCAAACGUUAAAAGGUCAACAUUGACUGGGUCAACACCAAAUGUUCAACAUUCAAUGGUCGACAUAGUCAAAAUGUCAACAGGAUCAAAAUGUUGACACAUGAUUGGUUGACAAUGUAUAAGUUGACAGGGUAAAUAUGCCGAUAGGGUGCAGACAAUGGUUAAUGGUUGACAUGACAAUGUCUACAUGACAAUGGUCGACACACAUUUGGUCGACACAUGCUUUUCUUGUUAAUUUAACCCGAAUCCAACCCUAGCCCUCCCUCUAGUGAAUAAUCCUAACUAACCCGAAUCCCCCUAUCCUUUCCCACCCCCUUUCCCGAUGCCUAACCCUAACCAUCCCCUCCCAUAGCCUAACUCUAACCGCCCCCCUUAUUGCCUAACCAUAUCCAUCCCCUCCCAGAGCCUUUUGAUCCUGUCAAUCUUUUGACUAUGUCGACAUAUUGGCUGACGACUUUUUGGUGUCAGUCAGUAUCGACAUUCCAUGCGGAUACCCUUUAAUUUUGCGUGAUUGGUGAAAGACCUACAACAACUUUCUCUAUGGUAAAACUUUAGCUUUCUAGCUUCCGUGUAGGGUUUUAUAUCAAUAUCUUUAUAUUGUAGAGCAGCAUUGUUUACAUCGUCCUUGGUUACCACAACAUUGCUCUGCUCUUCAAACCAGUCAUUGUUUCUAGGAAGCAGCUUUGUGUCACAUGACUUGGUAACAAAAGUAAACAACUGUGUCUAAUGUUCUAAUGUCAUUGCUGGAAAAGAUAGAAGGAAGCAUGAUUGGAUAAUAAAUUAAUAUAGCAGAAGCAACAAGAUCAAGUCAAUAAAUUAAGUCAUCUAUAGGUGGAAUCCAAUGCUAAGUGGCUUCAGUGGUGACCAUUGUAAAAUGUGAAUGCAAUUUUCCGUCAUGCCGAGUAUAAAUACGCAUUUGUGUUGGCAACAUUAUCAAAAAUAAACUGAAUUACCCAAGACAUUUAACUUUUGUAUUCUCCCCAGAUGUAAUGGGGAGGGAUAUCUUACAGCAACAUUUGGACUUUGGCGCCACCUAGUGGACUUUGCUGUUACUACCCAAACAUACAACAACAGGAAAGUUAUGGAAUAUCAAGGAGUAUUGCUUUGCACUAAUUGCAGUGGUCACCAUGGAUUUGUUGUGGUAUUGUUGCAUUCUAGAAACAAACAAAGCCUGAAGUUGGUUGAAGUAAUUUGUAAAUUGUCUACACACAGUUGAAGCAGACAUUUCUUGAGCUUCAUCUAGUUGAUUAGCAUAGAGUCUCCAAUAUUCUGGAAGUGCCUUCCCCAUUCCCGAUAUCUAGCGCCAAUAGGCAAAUACUUCCUUUACAUCCAGAAAAUACUAGCAUACCCUCCCAGAAUGGCCAAAAAAAGCAAGUGGCGCUCCCGGCCACCUGGAACAUUGGGUCACUCUCCCUCAAGUUGAAGCCACCUGACUGUGGCUGGCCACUUCCCAAGUGAAGUGGGCAGUACAGACGGCCUAUGAUGCAGUUCUCUUUCAGUUUUGUUAUCAUGUCUCUGCCCCCUCUUCACAAUGUGCUAUUGUAUAGCGGGGGCAGGGCUACGAUGAUGUGAUUGCAUCAUCACAUUGCCAACCAUGCUCACCUUUGCCGUCCCCCCACAUUUCCAACCUAACGGCCCAAUGGUCGGCAAGUAUAAUCAAGAAAUUAUGCCACUGUGGUCAACAGCCACUAAAAUUGCUGUUGGGUCUACUAACGAAUCAUGACAGCGCCGGCUAAAGUAUAUUUGUGAUCUACAAGCUCCCUCUUUCCCCAACUAGUAGAACCAUAAGAAUGUUUUGCCGAAGUAACUCCUGGUUUUGGAGAACCCAUCCUCAAUGUAGUACGUUAUGUCCUGACUACUGAAUGAUUGCCACAUGCACCUGCAAAUCUUGUACCAUUAUUUAUACCUCUAUAUUCAAGGGUGCAACUAUCAUAGCUGCAGCGGGUGUAGCUGAGGGGGCUGUAUGGCUGUAUUCUUGCCCCAUUAUGUCAGUUUUUUUUGCUACAGAACGGUGCAUGGAGCCUUAACAGACAUUGCUAUGGGGCCCACCAUUGGAGGCACUGGGGUUGGUGACACCUGUUGUGGCCAAGAGACACCUGCAGGCGGUUUUGACGCAUGUACUUGAAAAUGGGCAUGGCUUUGGAAACAUGGAGUGGUCUUGCCCCCCCCCCCCGACUGAUGUCACUAAAGGGGCGUGGCCUUGCUGGAAGACCUCACUCUGGGGGCAUGCAGGCUGCACCCGGAGACUCCUCCAGUACUGCCGACUCCUUCUCAUUGACAGGACCUGAGUGCUGCAGGUUAAUAUCACACUGCAGUACCUGGCUCCUGUCUUUGCAGAGGAGUUGACAUUUUGGUGUCACCCCUUGAAAGGAUGACACACGGGUGCGGCCCGCACCUCUCUUGUGACUCCUCUGGGGCCCACCAAUGACUAUUAAUUUAACUCCCUAAGCAAAUAGCAUGUAUGAGGCAUGAGUCGAUUUUAUGUACUAAUCAAUAAUAACAUUCCUUGGUGACAGGAGUACUUAAAAAUGGUAAUGUUAGUACAUACUGUAUGUGAUAUAUUAUUAGUUUAACACGAUUGGUCACAUCAACCACUAUCAAUUUUCUUUCCUGACAGAUCAAAUCAAUUGCAAAUGUAAGUAGGGGUCAGCUAUCUCUCAGAAGCCUUUAAAUUUCUACAAAACAGAAAACAUGAUCAUUUUUAGCCAAUUGUGUUUAAAGGAAAAAUACUGGUUACUCUGAAAUUCAGAAUUAAAAUAAUAUUCAUUAUGUGACUAUCAGGGUAAUUAUCACGCUGACAACAAACCAGAGAGUCCGUGAAAAGAGGGCAUUCUAUGCAAAAGCCAAAGUUGUCAGAACUUGUUUUUAUUUUAUUUUUUUCCCAUUAAUUGCUGUCACCAUCCCGUAUACUCACUGCUGCCUAACACAGCCAUAUCACUGCUAUCUGUAUAAAGCACUAGCUGGCAGGAUAUAUAGUCAUAGCAAAUUGCAGUGCUGCAAGAAAUAUUUAUUUUAUCAUUUAUUUAUCACAAGCAAAAUCAUUGCUAUGUACGACGGUGACUCGAGUCCAGGAGUGGGUGAUAAUUCUUGAUUAUAAUUUUAUAUACAUCAUAUAUUCUGUCAUGCCAUGAAGAGGAGAGGUUUUAAGCUGAAGAUAACGUAGGUAAAUUAUAUUUUUUAGAUGCACUUUGCGUAAAACAAGAGCUACUUGUUUUGCACCCUCUGUCUGUCUAUACUUCUAAAAAAAAAUCUCAUGUAUGUACUCGUGGUUUAUACACAAGGAGGCAGCCAUUUUGAAGCCUCGGUGAUCUCAAUAGUUCUUAUUGAUUUGAUUUGAUAUUGGUGUAGUCUACAAAAUGGCUGCCUGCCCUGUGUAUAAGUAUGCAUUAAUGUACUAAUUAAUCAGUGAGUUAUCAAAUACAAAAUGUAGAGGAGUAUUUAAAAUGGUUCCUAAUAAACACCAUGUAUGCAUAUAGUGAGAGACAAAUGACGCCAAAAUCAGAGUGACUUCUGGGGGAUUAUACUACAACACUAGCAGCAUGUAAUGUCAUUUGUAGGCUCAUUUACGUUGCUAAAAAAAAAAAAGCAGUUUCUCUACGCUAGGGCCUUUUUCUUCAGUUUUGUGAUGUCUUACAUUUGUGUUUACAUGUUAUGUUUCUUUUUAUUCAGUUAUACAUGGUUUAUGGCAUAGAUUGUAAUAUAUGCCAUUGUUUUGUCAGGCUCAUCAGCGGACCUGGAUAGGUAAGAGCAGAGGAGGGUAUGGGAUUAGUGUGUCUUUUGAAUAAUAUCUGAGAGGCAUGCUGAAAUUAGUUAUGAUAUGCCGGCCUUAAUGGUGACAUGGGGAGUCAUUCCGAGUUGAUCGCUCGCUGCCGAUUUUCGCAGUGAUCAAGUAAAAAAGCGGCAAAACUGCGCAUGCGUAUGCACCGCCGUGCGCAGGUGUGUCGUACAGGUACAUAGAGGAUCGGAGCUGGGCGAUGUAUUUAGCGAAGGUUUCAUUCCUACAGCCGAUUGCAAGGAGAUUGAGAGGAAGAAGGUGUUUGUGGGUGUCAACUGACCGUUUUCUGGGAGUGUUUGGAAAAACGCAGGUGUGUCCAAGCGAUUGCAGGGCGGGUGUCUGACGUCAAUUCCAGGACCGGACAGGCUGAAGUGAUCGCAAGGGCUGAGUAAGUCCAGAGCUACUCUGAAACUGCAAAAAACUUUUUCGCCCCGUUCGGCUGCACAGGCGUUCGCACACUUGCAAAGUGAAAAUACACUCCCCAGUGGGCGGCGACUAUGCGUUUGCACGGCUGCUAAAAGAAGCUAGCGAGCAAACAACUCGGAAUGAGUGCCACUAUCACUUGGUAAAGGAGGGGUGCAGCCAUAUAUAUGGGAUGAGGUAAAAAUAGUUUUACAUACAAAAUUCAAUGCUCGGUACAUUUUUUUCGCAAUACAAAUGAUCUUUAAUGUGUUCUAAAAUGUAGUUAUGUUUGGAACUACUGUAGGUUACACCGGUAUUUACGUCAGUGUACGGCGGUGUUGUCUAAACAUAUUCCGUCAUUCUCCAGAAAGAGGCUGAAAUAUCUAUCGUAGACAGGCAGGAGAAAUAGCAAAAGAUUGCAGUGUACAUUUCACAAGACACAUGCAUGGCUUUCCAAACAUCCUUAACAAUUGCUAAUUUAAUGCUUAGCUACACAUCCACUUAUAAUCUAGUUGGACUUUCUGUAACUGGCCCCGGCUAGAACACAACUUUUAAUGUGCCAAAAUACAGAUGCAGAAGGCUCGAGUACUAGAGUACGCGCUUGUAAGGUUUCGCUGUGUUGUUGCAGAAUUGGUACUGUUCGGAAAGGGACCACCUAGCGGCUUGCCAUACCCAAGUUGAUCAGUGAAAUAUAUAUACACGUUUUCUAUUUUUUUAAACUGACCUUAAAUGUUAACCCCUCACAAUUAUUAUGCAUGUAGCCUAUAAUGCACUUACAAACGUCUCAGUGCUCUCAGGGGGUUAAACCGCAGGAGAACCGUUUUGUAAUUUUAUACUAAGCUUACUUUAACAGAGCAUGAAACUAUAUUUGGAGACAAAGGAUACACUGUAUGUAGUUAUGCAAUAUGACUGUUGAUGAAAAUACUUAUCGGCGUCACUGUAUAAAAUGUACAGUGGCUUUAUAGAAAACUUCAAAUAAAAGUGUCCAUACAUUGGCAGCUGUUUCUCACACAGUAUUAUUCACAGGUUCAAACCUUCAGAUACAUAUAUGUGGCGGAUGUAUUAACCUGGAGAAGGCAUAAGGAAGUGAUAAAUCCGUGAUAAGUGCAAGGCGAUAAACGCGCCAGGCAAUCAGCUCCACUAUGUAAAUUAGCAGUUAGGAGCUGAUUGGCUGGUACGUUUAUCACCUUGCACUUAUCACUGGUUUAUCACUUCCUUAUGCCGUCUCCAUGCUUAAUACAUCUGCCCCAUAAUUAGCUAUAACACACCAAAGACAAGCCCGGAUGCAUAAACACUCAUUGGAGUCAUUCUACGGAGUAUGGAGUUGUUAUACUUAUUAUGCUCAGUUUAUUGUUUAUCCUAUUUGUCAAUUACCUACCCAAGUACUUGGAAAAUAAAAUGUCAUUAAA